UCGACUUUCCUCUUUCCCGGGUACUCUCUAGCUCUGCCGCUCCUGCUUCACCGCCCGCCACCGCCAGAAGCUUUCUCUCUGCUCCACGGUCUCUCUCCAUAGCCAUCCUCACAGUCGUGUUUAUUCUCCCUCUUCCAUCCCUCUUCGACUCCAUUGAACAGUAUCAGCUACCGGGAGGAGCUCAAGGUCAAGUCUUUUGGGGAAUCAACUUCCCGAGCUGUCCUCCAAUUUCAGACAGUAACUGCAGACUAAUCCCUAUGUCGGUUUCGGAAUCUUUACGAGAUGAACUAGAGUUCCUCCGAGGAUACGAGCUUCGUCUUCUUCGUUGCACGUUUCCUCCGCAGCCUUCCGAUGCUCAGGAUGAUUCCCCGCUUUCGUGUCAAAAUCAGCAUAUCCAUGUCCUGAUUGAUCAACUCCUGAAUUCCAUCGAGGCUGGGAACUACCAAGGGGCUCUUACCUCUGAUGGGGUCCGUCAAGCCUUUGGGCUCUCCGCCACUGGCUGGGCCGACUCCGUAGAUUCUGCGGACAAUGUCUACUCUGAGUUGCAAGAACGAGUUGAGCGGUUUUUGGUGCAUGAUUCUGCAGAUGAAGUGGACAGGGUUCACAGGGCAAUUCUUGUAAUGUCUGUGGCAAUAGCAGCACUUUUUGAGUUCAGUCAGUGUAACAUGACCGGACCUUUGAAGGAGCUGCCUAGGUGUCCUCUGCCGUCAGAAGCUGGAAACAAGAACAAUGAAUACAGGGAAUGGGACAACUGGGCAUGCAAUCAGCUCAUGUCUGCGGGAUCUGAUUUGCUUGGAAAGUUCUGUCAUCUCCAGUAUAUAGUUUAUGCUAAGAUAUUGCUUAUGAAGAUAAGAGACUUGUUAUCUCAAGGACACAUCUCUUCAUCAGAUUCACUUCAAAGCAUAUCGUGGUGGUUGGCUAGAGUCAUACUCCUACAGCAGAGGAUAAUGGAUGAGCGCUCUUCUUUUUUAUUUGAUUUAUUGCAAGUAUUUAUGGGUGAAAGCUUGUAUAAUUUUGGCACUCUAGAGAGAGUAUCGAGUUAUUGGGGUUCCAAGCUGUUUAAGGAAGAGAUCUCAGCAAUUGUAUCAAUGGUCCAUCUAGAAGCAGGUAUAGGAGAAUAUACUUAUGGAAGAACUGACUCUUGUAGGAAAAAGUUCGAUUCAGCUGAAAUGGCUGCUGGACUUCAGCUCUCUGUUACAGGGGUUCUAGGCUUCCGAACUGCAAAUCAGGUGGAAGCCAAGGCACAGAGGGUACUCAAUACAAAUGGAAGCUUAUCAGAUAAUAUUGAUGAAUCGAUCUCGAUGAACCCUAAGAUCACAAGUAAUGGUUCAAGCAUUGCUGAAAACAAUAUUCAACCGCUUCAUGAGGCAUCAGACAUAUUGAUGACUCCAAAAUUGUUGGAUAAGAAUGAAAAUGCUAAAAGCAUACCGCAUGACGUUAACGAUGGUCGGACCAGGCCUAGGUCUUUAGAAUCAAUUCAACAGGCUGUUGUCCUGGCAAAAUGCCUUCUAAUUGAGAAGAGCUCUCGACAAGAUGACCUGCAGAGGUGGGAUAUGGCUCCAUACAUCGAGGCAAUUGAUUCUCAGCAAUCUGUGUACUUUGCUAUCCAGUCCUUCUGUGACAUAUUGCGUAUCCGGUGGGAGUCAACUCGUAACCGCACAAAGGAGCGUGCUUUAUUGAUGAUGGAUAAUCUGGUUAAGACCAUCUACGAGCCUUCUCCAGAUGUGGCUCAAAGAAUGUUCUAUAGCUUUGGGGUAUAUCUCCCUAGUGUUCCUGCCCUAAGGAAGGAAUAUGGUGAACUACUAGUACGCUGUGGUUUGAUAGGGGAGGCAGUCAAAAUUUUUGAGGAGCUAGAGUUAUGGGACAGCCUCAUUUUCUGCUAUCGGUUAUUGGAGAAGAAAGCAGCAGCUGUUGAUCUCAUUAAAACACGACUCUCUGUCACACCCAAUGACCCCAGGUUAUGGUGUUCACUGGGGGAUGUUACAAAUGAUGAUGCUUGCUACAAGAAGGCUUUGGAAGUCUCUAACAACAAAUCUGCUCGAGCUAUGAGGUCUCUUGCCCGGAGUGCAUAUAACAGAGGGGAGUAUGAGGAAUCUAUGAUCCUAUGGGAAUCAGCCAUGGCCUUGAAUUCUUUGUACCCAGAUGGGUGGUUCGCACUUGGGGCCGCUGCUCUGAAGGCGAGGAAUAUUGAAAAGGCUGUGGAUGGAUUUACUCGAGCAGUUCAACUUGAUCCUGAGAAUGGGGAAGCUUGGAACAAUAUUGCUUGCUUGCACAUGAUCAAAAAGAAAAGCAAAGAGUCAUUUAUUGCAUUCAAGGAGGCCUUGAAGUUUAAACGAAACAGCUGGCAAUUGUGGGAAAACUUCAGCCAAGUUGCCUUCGACGUUGGCAAUAUCAGUCAGGCUAUGGAAGCUGUCAAGAUGGUUUUGGAUAUCACAAGCUGUAAAAAAGUUGAUAUCGACUUACUACAGAAAAUCACAGAAGAGCUGGAGAAGAGGGCUGCUGAUUCAGGAGACCAAAAGGAAGAUGCUGAUUUUCAUUCAGAUUCUAUGGGUGAAUCAUGUGCUCAACCCCUGGGUGGAAAAUCACGAGAAACUGAGCAGUUGGUGGAAACUCUAGGAAAAAUUUUGCAGCAGAUAAUUCGAAGUGGGAGCCAAGCGGAUAUAUGGGGCUUGUAUGCAAGAUGGCACAAGAUGAAAGGAGAUCUUUCCAUGUGUGCUGAAGCCCUUCUGAAGCAAGUUAGAUCAUAUCAGGGUUCUGAUGUGUGGAGAGAUGGAGAACGAUUUAAAAGGUUCGCUCGUGUUUCUUUAGAGCUAUGCAAGGUUUACAUGGAAAUAUCAUCCUCAACAGGAAGUCGCAAGGAACUCUUUUCGGCGGAGAUGCACUUAAAGAAUACCGUUAAGCAGGCUGUGAACUUCACCGAUACUGAAGAAUUCAGGGAUCUUCAGUCUUGCCUCAGCGAAGUGCAAAAGAAACUUGAAUUAUGGGGUCCUGCUGCUUAAUUACUUUUAACUGGCCACAAGGCAUGCGACUCUGGUCACAAUCGUAUCAUACCGAAACUGCCAGGAAUUUGCUGCCGCUCGAGGAACUUGAAGAUUUAGAAACGGAUUGGUUCUGAAUGACAGAUUGGUGUGACCGGACCUACAAUCUUUCAGUACCUGGCAGCAUCGAUGUUUUCCAAUACCUGCGUAGCUGCUGUAUCAGGCAGCAUCGAUGUUUUGGAUUGGGAAAUCCCUGUUCCUCAAAGUUUUGUAUGUUAUUGUACUAUAACUGUUAAUUGAUCUUUUCAUAGGUGAAAAGCGAAGUUACUAUUACAUUUGUGUU